AUGUCGGACAAGUGUGAUGAAUUUCUAAGUUAUAUAUCUACACUUGAGGCUGGGAAGAAAGAGGAUAAAAAGAUGAUUCAUCAACUUGAGGACAAGAUCGAAUUCCUAGAGCGCGCCUCACGACCUACAGGGGUAGAAAUCCGAAACGUCCCUAAAAUGAAAGGUGAAACAAAAGAUGACUUGUGCAGUUUAGUGACAAACCUGGUACAGAGCUUAAACCUGAAUCAGAAUGAUUUGAAAAAUUUACGCAGAAUCAAAAGUAAACAAAACUCGUACCCAAUUCUCCUUAAUUUUAACUCUGUUUUACUAAAAGAUUUUAAUAAGACAAAGGAUAAAGGUGUUAAAAUCAAUACUACUCACCUGAAGCCCAAACAUUCUAAGCAACAAGUAUACGUAUCAGAAUGCCUUACUUAUAAAACAUAA